AUGGCCAACGACAGACUGGUCCUCGUCACUGGCGGCUCUGGCUUCAUCGCCUUACACAUCAUCCACAAGCUUCUCCAAGCCGGCUACAAGGUUCGCACGACCGUCCGGUCCCUCGAACGCGCCGACGACAUUCGCUACGCCAUGAGGAGCGCUGGUGUCGGCGACAAGCUCAACGACAUGGAGUUCGUUGUCGUCGACCUCCUCCGCGACGCCGGCUGGGACGCGGCCUGCGCCGGCGCCGACUACGUCCUGCACACGGCCUCCCCCUUUCCCUCCGCCGAGCCCAAGGACGAGAACGAGCUCAUCAAGCCCGCGCGUGAGGGAACGCUGCGCGCACUCCGCGCGGCAAAAAAGGCAGGCUCUGUGAAGCGCGUCGUGGUGACGUCGUCGGCGGUGGCUGUCAUGUACGGGCACGCGCAACGCUCUGCGGAGAACCCGUUUACUGAGAAGGACUGGACGGAGAUUCGGAAGCCAAAGUCGUAUGUGGGUGCGUAUCCGAAGAGCAAGACGAUUGCGGAGCGCGCGGCGUGGGACUGGCUGGCGGGCGAGGGUCAAGGGAGCUUUGAGCUGGCCACAGUCAACCCGGUUCUCGUCUACGGUCCGUCUCUGGGGAAGAGUGUCAACACGAGCUUGGAAGUCCCCAUGUGUCUGCUGUCUGGAGAAAUGUCUGCGCUGCCUGACCUCCACAUCGGCAUCGUCGACGUCCGCGAUGUUGCCGACUUGCACGUCCUCGUCCUGGAGUCGCCCAAGGCUCCGAACCAGCGCUACCUUGCCAUCUCGGACGAGAUGUCGGUUCCGAUUAAACAGAUGGCCGCUGAUCUGAAAAAGCACCUCCCGGCCGAGGAUACGACGAAGCUGCCCACGGGGUCGGCGCCGAGCUUCAUGAUUAGACUGAUUGGUCUCUUUAACAAGAGGAUCAGUGUUAUCGUACCCGAACUUGGACAUGUACGGCCCGUGUCUAACGCCAAAGCCCGUAAGGAAUUAGGUUGGCGCCCUCGUAGCGCGACCGAGGCUCUCAUCGCCAGUGUUGAGAGUCUCAAGGCAAAUGGGAAGAUCUGA